CUUGCGGCGGGGUGGGCGCGGCGCGGAGCCGCCCUCGGCGGGGCGCUAAGAUGGCGGCGCUGUGGCACGUGAAGCUGUCCGGGGAGCUGGAGCGCUGCCGGGCCGAGCGGCACUGGGCGCAGCUCCGGCAGCUGCUGCGCCACCAGCUGCCGCCGCACGGCAGGGCCCCGCGCAAGGCGGCGGCGGGCGCCGAGGAAGCCGAGGACUAUGGGAACAUGCUGCUUGCCGAAGUCCUGCUGGAAGAAUGCUUGCAGGAAAACUUUGCCAAACUGAAGGACUCCAUCCCCCUGACAGAGAAGAACGAGCCCAAACUGGGUGAGGCUAAGCAGUGCCUGACCAACAUCUUAAGCAGAGGAAAGCUGCGGCCUAAGUAUAUGGUAGAAGCUAUGCUGAUCCUAGGGAAGCUUCAUUACGCAGAGGGAUCCUACAGAGAUGCCAUCAGCAUGUAUGCAAAAGCAGGGAUCGAUGACAUCUCUACAAAAGAUGAACCCCUGUACAUGCUGCGUUUGGUGACUGAAGCCUUCGUUAUUAAAGGUCUGUCGCUGGAGCGCUCGACCAACUCAAUCGCCUCACGCGCUCGCCUGUGUGAGAGGGAGGAGGAGGUCAUGGCUUGUUUCGAGACUGCGUGUGUCGUUGCCCAAGUGUACUUGCAGGAGCUUGAAAAGACCUUAAACAGCACACAUUCAAGGAGUAUAAAGGGCAGCAACAUGACGUACUCUGAGUUUGAACUGUCCUACUUCCUGGAAGCAGCUCUACAGAGUGCCUACGUGACUCAUUUAAAGAAGGGCAAUAUUGUGAAAGGAAUGAGGAGUCUGCGAGAAAUACUACGGACUGUGGAAACGAAAGCUACUCAGACCUUCAAAAUGACCGCAGCCAAGCAGCUAGCCCAAGUACUUCUCCACUCCUUAAGCGAAGACUGUUACUGGAGCCCUUUAUCUGAUCCUCUUCCUGAGUUGAUGAACAAGGAAGAUCAGUCUUACGUUAGCAAUCUUCUUUGUCGGAAGCCCGAGCUAUACACAGAAGAGAACGUUUACUGCCCUCGGGACAACGUAGAAGAAGCUCUUCUUCUCCUCUUAAUCAGUGAAUCCAUGGCAAACCGGGACGCAGUGAUCAGCCGUGCCCCUGACCAGCAGGAUGACCGGGCUGUCAGCCUCCGGGAUGCUUCUGCAGUCUACGACCUUCUCAGCAUCACACUGGGCAGAAGAGGGCAGUAUGUCAUGCUUUCUGAGUGCUUGGAGAGAGCCAUGAAGUUUGCAUUUGAUGAAUUUCACCUUUGGUACCAGCUUGCCCUGUCCAUGGUGGCUUGUGGAAAGUCAGCAUAUGCUGUAUCAGUGCUCAAAGAGUGUGCUAAACUGCGACCAGCAGAUCCCACCGUUCCUCUUCUGGCUGCCAAGGUCUGCAUUGGGUCACUGCACUGGCUGGAAGAAGGAGAAAACUUUGCUAAAAUGGUGAUAGACCUGGGUGAAGAUGCUGGAGAGUCCCUAGCAAAGGGUUACCUGGCACUGGGUCUUUCAUACAGUCUUCAAGCUACUGAUGCUACUCUGAAGAGCACUCAGGAUGAAUUCAACAAGAAAGCACUUCAGACUUUGGAGAGAGCACGUGAGUUGGGCCCGGAAGAUCACCAAAUCAUCCUCUACUUGUCGCUGCAGCUGGCUCUCGUCAGACAGAUUUCUGAUGCUAUAGAACAUCUUCAGGAAGCAUUGCAGCUGUGCAAAGAUGACAUGAAUUCUCUGCAUCUACUGGCCCUCUUAUUUUCAGCUCAGAAGCACUAUCAGCAUGCGCUGGAUGUUAUCAACAUGGCUAUUGUUGAAUACCCAGAAAGCUUUAGCUUACUCUUCACCAAAGUAAAACUGGAAUGGAUGCAUAAAGGACCUGAGGAGGCUCUGGUGACAUGCAGGCAUAUGUUGCAGUUGUGGCAGAUGGUAUAUUCUGUUUUACAGCACAGUGGCUCUGAGAAAGGAAGUAGUGUGACCGAAACACCAGUGAUCAAAAAGCAUAACGGACUGCAUCUCACGCUCCCGGAUGCUCAUGAUACUGAUUCUGGAUCACAGCGAGCCUCUUCCCUUGCUGCAUCAAGACUGGAGCAGGCCAUGUCUGAAAUAACUAUGCAGAGCAGCACGAUGAAGCAAGGACCUAUGCAGCUGUGGACAGCUCUUGAACAAAUCUGGCUUCAAGCUGCUGAACUCUUCAUGGAACAACACCAUCUCAAAGAAGCCGGCUUUUGUAUCCAGGAGGCAGCUACUCUUUUCCCCACAUCUCAUGCUGUACUGUACAUGCGUGGGAGGCUUGCAGAGAUGAAAGGCAAUUUGGAGGAGGCUAAGCAAUUGUAUGAUGAGGCACUCACAGUGAAUCCAGCUGGAGUCGAAAUUAUGCACAGCCUGGGCCUGGUGCUCAACAGGCUUGGGCGGAGGGAGCUGGCCCAGAAGGUCCUCAGAGACGCCAUCCAGAUCCAGAACACCAGCCACCAGGCCUGGAACAGCCUCGGGGAGGUCCUGCAAGCUCAGGGGAAAAAUGAAGCAGCCAUCGAAUGCUUCCUCACCGCUCUGGACCUCGAAUCCAGCAGUCCUGUCAUCCCCUUCACUGUCAUACCCAGGGAGCUCUGAGGCUUCUUCAUUCCAUGGACAGACACCAACAGACAGACAAAAAGACAUACAGCGAAGAAACUGGAUUUAACACAAAAGUGCCAUUGUAACCCGGAAUUGGGCAAAAUAAUUCCAGGAUGGGGCUCAGGUCUACAUGCUUAGCUGAGAUGAGUCUAACUGUAGAGGAAUUUGCAACAGGCAGAGAAAGAGAAUGCCUUUUUUCUUCACAGAUGCCUGGUUAACCCCCUGUUCAAGUUAAUAGAAAGACUUAUUUCAAAGUGUUGGUUCAAGGUGACUGUCUGUAGAAUAGGUUGUGCUGGAGUACAAUCUAUUUCAAAUCUAGUUCAAAGCACUUGCACCUUUUAGCUUUUAUUAAGGAUGAAAACCCCAAAUCCAAAGAUAAAACCCCCAAACCCUGAGUUAAAGCCCAGACCAGCUCUAAACAGGAGUAAAUGCCCCAACUAAUGUACCAAGUUGUAUUUAAGCACCUAGCUGCCUCCACACAGAUCUGACAGCAUAGGAAUGGCAAUUAUACCAUAUAGAUGUGCAGUAUAUGCCAUUUACAAAAUUAUUUCAGCUAUUCUAAUAAUCCUUUUUCUUAGCCUUGCUCUUAUAUACUGCAUAUACACACUAUAUUUAGUGUGGCAUUUGCCUAGACCAGUUUAAAUUAAAAAUAGUUUUUAUUUUUAAGCUGCUAUUGUAGUGUGAUUCACAAAAGCAGAAAGACCAAAGACCCAAUCAGUUCACACUUGGCCUAGCAUUAAAAGCAUCUAUGUAUCUCCAGUUACAUAUUACUGAAAGGCCUUUCUUGCAGUAGCUAAUUAUGAACUCUGAGCUUCAUUCUCGUUAAUCACCCAUUCCCUCACUUCCAGUGAGGAACGAAGCGAUUACCAGCAGAUAGUGACUGAGCUCUGUGCUUGACUGCGGUGCUGUUCCCGGCACCAAACCCGUUCAUGUCUGUCUGGUCGUGGCCUAAAAGACAGCAGCAUUCUGCUAAGGGAAAGCGAGCUGAAAGCAGCACGCACAUGUAAGAAUUGCUUUUCUUUGAAAACUAAAUCCUGGGAUUUUCUGCAGACAUCUCACGUCAGAGGUAGGGGCUGCGCCUGCAGCGGAGCGGGCUCUUGUUGUGCAUCGCUUCAGAUGUGAGCGUGAUCCCCGCAGCCGUCCGAAGAGCUCCUAAUCCCCUGCCCUCCCGCUGGCUGGCCGGGGUGGGGAGGCAGCUGCCGGACCCCACGCUAAGCCGAUCCUCACCUGGCUCUGCGUGACUUGCCCGCAGCCCCUGCAGCCAGCUGGAGCUGUAACGGGCUGCCAGCCCCGGCCGCGGCGCUCCCAAGGCAAAAGGGAUGCAAAAAUGAGCCGCGGGCGCUUUCCUACACAUAAAGUUAGGGCCACGUGCCCGUUCCUGACCAAAGAAGGCUUGUGCCUGCUCCACGAGUGGGUUUGCACUGAAACACACAGUGUACGAUGGCUGUGCCCAGUAUUGCAGUCUGCAGCUAGCUCCUUCCAGAAAUCCUAACAUCCUCAGGCAGUAAAUGAAUCGGGGUUAUUCCUGCAAGACCCCGAGGCACUGGAGCAGUCUUGAAGUCAGCAUUGUUUACACUUGGUUGGAGACCUGCAGGCUAGCGGAGACCUCCUGGGCCGUGCCUGUGCUUUUGCUCCUGCCCUGGCCUCCUCUGGAGGCACCCACGCCCAGGCAACAGGCUACACCAAGCUCUCCACGCAGCCUGUUGCACGCCCAAGCCGAUUUUUGGGGUGACACCAGACUGGUGCAAGAGCCCAGCAUAUUCCUCUGCUCACCCAGGUGCUGGGAGGAGGGAAAGCAACGCAGAAAGCACUCAGCCCAUCAGGUCUCCAGCUUCUCCGUGGCACACAGGCCCCAGCCGAGGCUCCUCAGGCCAGAGGCAGGUUUCCACCAAGACGAGCCUUCUGUCUAAGACACAGAAGAGUCCCUGUGGUCUGACAUCUCCGCCUUCCUCUGCAGCAUCUGCCUGCAGGGCACUGCCAUGGUAACCCCCGUGAACCAGACAGCUCUUCGAGUCCAAGCCGUGCCUCAGUCCCUGCGACUGCUCUGGCAAUCUCUGUGCUAAGAGGUCAGUAACAGCAGACAAGCAGCUGCUCGCAGACCUCGUGUGCAGGUGCUUUGUGUCCAUCAGCCAGCCAGGUGCUGGCCCUGCAGCUGCUUCGUGCCCCUGGGGGUGGCACUGGCACUGGAAUCGCAGCCCUGAGGUGCUCUGCUGCCAGAAGAUGCAGCUCCCGUCAGCAUCAAGAGGGGUUACACAGGUGAGGCAUCUCCACACCACAGCCCCGACACCAGCUGCAGACACAGCUCUGCCUCAGCGAUGGAUUUGGACUCGGCCCCAGGAUUUGCAGGGCACAAAGCACGUUCGCUGGAACAGUGCAUUUCUGUAAGGUUGCCGGUA